AUGAAGCAAGGGCACGACUCGCAAACACCAGUGCCAACAUUCUCGGCCGCACAAUGGGGCAAUCGUGCGUUGCUCCUCACAGCAAUCUACGUACUGGAGUAUACGCUGUCGAUGCUGCACAUCCAGUCAUAUAUUCGUGCGCAAGAUUCGUACACGUUUCCCGCACCGCAGACCGCACAGCAGCCUGGAGUGCAGGGGUUGACCUCCGCGCGCAAUGAGUCUCCUUCGCAUGUCAACUUCACCGAGUCGUCCUCAUCUGUCGUGCCCACUUGGAGCCGGGCCAUCGAGUCGUCCUCGUCCACUUGGGCCUGGCCUGAGCCCGAGACCGUCUUCACGACCGACAUGAUCCCGAGCGCCACGCCCUCUACUCUCCCCUUCCCGACCAUUCCGCCCACAGCCGCCACCGCUACGCCCAUGCCCAACUACGGCUCCAGCGGGCAGUGCAACACGGGCUCCACCAAAUGUUGCAUCACCGUCGGCGACGCGUCGGACCCGAGUAUUCUCGGCUUGGUGGACGAUGUGCUCGACGGCGUGACAAGCCUUGUCGACAUCGGUUGUAGCGCUCUCGGCGGGAUACUUGGUGAGUGCACCGCGUUCGCGAUCCUGGAAGGUCAACAAACAUUGCGCCGCUACCGUAACGCGUGA